AUGGCUGAUAAAAUGGACAACAAUACUGACGAUGUAAACAAUUCGGGAAAAUGUGUAUUUUGUGACAUCGCAGCAGGGAAGAUCGACAAUGACAAAGUGAUUUAUGAGGAUGAAAACUUAGUUGUAUUUCCUGACAGGCGUCCGGCAAGUAUGCACCAUUAUCUUGUCGUGACAAAAGAACAUAUCAGAGAUGCCAAACAUUUAAAUGGCAGUCACAUUCAAAUAGUGGAGAAAAUGGUGAAUACUGGGAAACAAGUCUUGCAGAACAAUGGUGGGAAUGUGGAUGACAUCAGAAUGGGAUUCCAUUGGCCACCUUUUCACAGCGUUAGUCACCUGCACCUCCAUGUCAUCUCACCGCAAAGUCAAAUGUCAUUCCUACCUCGAGGAAUAUUCAAAGUCAAUUCUCCUUGGUUUGUCACUCCAGUGUGGGUACUUGCUCGUUUGAAGAGAGCAGCAGAAGGACAAAACUAG